UCGAUUGAAGAUGGAAAAAAAUAAGGGAGCGGACAACACGCAAGAGCAGCUGUAAAAUAUUGUCGGAACGGAAGGAAAAUCGUCGGAGCCUUCUGCACUCACACAAGACACCAACAAAAAAAAAAGGAACUGGUGCGACUGCUGUAGCGCCAGUAUAUAUAGCAGCUAGAUAGCGUAAAUAUAGCAACUCCACAGGGCAAGAGUUAACAAACAACAGGACGAGGCAGCAAUCGCCCCAGGACGUGCGACAAUAACACCUGGAGGUACCGAAACGAGUCAUCAGCCAGGAGCUAGAGGUCGUCUGCUGGCACCACACAGCACGGCACUUAUUUAUUAUUAUUAAGGAACCAACGAAACGAACGAACAAAAAAUAGCUGAUAAUAACCAAACAAUUUUUUUUUUUUUUUUCAAUUUGAUUUCUCGUUAUGGCUCUGCUCACAGACUCUCAUUUGGAUUUCCAUUGGUUAUCAAGUCUUGUCUAAUUUUUCUUGUUUCAUUUUUUUCCUUUUCUCCCACCGUCACUUUCCCACACACCUCGACGGGUGUCAUUGAAGCGUCGUCAUCACGAGCUAAUUCACUUAGGAGGUUUUCGCCUUGACUGAAGCCCCGUCAACUAUACACACCUGCGCACAAGGAUGAUCGUUAAAUUCUUUGAAAUGUGUAUGCUCAACUCGACUUCACCUUUUCACUCUCGAAAGAAAAAGUGAAAAGAAGAAGAAGAGUCUCACUCCAGGAAUGAUUAUAUUACUCCGCUGGAUUAUUGCGAACCUUUUUCUUUGAAUUGAAUAAUUUACUUUUUUCUUAAUAACGAGACUUCUUUAGUGUGCAUAUAACUGUCUUUAGAGUUCUUCCUCAGUAGCUCAACAAAUUUUGUCAAAGAAAAAUGAAAGUUUGUCGCGCCUGAUUCGCCGUGAAUUUACUACCACCUACCAGUGAGCAGCAGCAGCAGCACUGCCGGUCUUGAAUGAGCUCAUUCCACUUAUCCUUGUCCGCCAUCCCGUCGUUCGGCAGCUCCGUUUACGAGCGUCAUUUACAGUAAAUCACGCAGUUCCAGUAUAUUCUCUGCGUGCCAUACGAAACCGGGUGCUGCGGAAGACGGAACCGCCCGACUGGCGACGCUUUCAGGGGCUCUGAUUGUCCUCGAUUAUUCACGUUUGAACGAGCCAUUUAAGUGCCGACAACCCUCCCGUUUCCCCCUUAUUUUUUCGUUUUCUUUUUCUCAUCAUCAUCAACGCUUUCACUCGGUCGGAAAGAAGAUUCGAAAAUUGUUCAAAUUUUCAUUUUGAAUUAUUUUUUGACUCCCGGCUCCUGAUGGCUCCUCGCCGCAUGGUUGACUCCAUCUCCUCUGAAUUCUCUCAUCCCGGCGUGCGAAAAAAUGGAAAAAUAGUCGACAGGAGAAAAUUUAUUUUCUAAAAGUUAUGUACAUUCAUCUGUCGUCCGAACUCGAAUUGAUUGAUGGACGCGUUCUUAAUUUGUUUUGAUAUAGGCGGCGGUUGUUUUUCUUUUCUUUUCAUUCUGUGUCCAACUUUCUCCUCUGGGUCUUUAAAUCGCAAUCAACGAUUUGAUUGUCCGUUGAAUCACGACCGAUAUCCAUGCGAUCGGGUCCCGUUUAGCGAUUUCCCCGUUGGCCACGAUUGCAAUUGAUUAGCCCGUUAUUGUUUUUCGUGACAGAACCGAGGUGGGGAGGUGGGCAAUAUAAAGAAUAAGGAAAAACAACAGACAGAAAGACAAGCUGAAAUUCACAAGUUUGAUGGGUCGAUUUAUAAUAGCGGGACGAUGACGAGUGUUAAAGAAAAACAGCAGAGAGAGAUCACAGGUGGUGGUGUUGGUGGGGGAAAAGAGUUGCGGGCAGUUGCCAACUUUCGCGCCCGCAGAGAUAUUAGAACGAAUGGAAAACAACAACCGCUAAUCCGUUAUUACCUAGACACACAUGUGUUUAGCGGUUAGAGGGCCGAAUAGCCAAAAAAGAACCGGACUGGCCGAUUUCUCAAUUCAUUUGAAAAUGGCGCCGGAGAAAAUUCAUGAGCAAUAUUGCACGCGAGAGUCUGGGCCGGGAGAAAAUCACGACGUCUAAACCACCCAAUUGAAGAAAUCGCGUUCGGGAAAGUGAUGCUCGUCAUUCAAAUAACACGAUAUCUUCGGGAGUUGCAGGUGAAAUUGGCAGGAAUCAGGCGCCCGCAAAUGUGAAAUGCGACUUGGUUUUCGUUUCUUUCCAGGUAAAAAGGGAAACAAAUCUACGUCAUCGUGUCUAAAGUUCAGGUGGAAAGGUUGUGGAGUAGAGAGGGCAAAUGGCGAGACAAGAAUAUUGUCGAUCAACCGCUCCCGCACUACGCUUUACAUGUAACGCGUUCGUGAAUACUUUUGCGCAAUCAGGUGGGGGAGGCCCGCCCGGGUUUUUUGUUGUUUUUUUUUUUUUUCUAUUCUCGGAUCACUGUUGUUUUUCUGUGUCUCUUUUUUUCGAAAAUAGUUCUUUUGGAAUGGGCGAAGGUCGUUGGCACGCAAUAGAGCCAUCGCCUGAGCGCCAGCCACUCUCGAUCGCCCGCUCAAUUACGCAUUCCGAUAAUUUUUCGCUUUCCCAUAGCGGCGCCGAAACCUUCGUGAGGCGCACACGAGGCUUCGUUCUUUUUUUUCUGAUUUUUUUUUUCCAACAGCCCAUCGUAAAGAUUGUAAUAAUGAAUCUAUUUUGGUUCAGUAUUUAUUUUCAAGGACAUCUAGCCGCAUCUAGCGGUGAUAGCGGCAGACUUGCACGACAACACGCGAGUCUCUUGUUUUUCUUCUGCUUGGAAAUCACGGAUGCCGAUUUAUGGCUUUCUUCAACGGCUGGAUUACGGCCACACAUAAUUGGCGUAUCUAUAAAAACGAGACCUCCCUAGUAUUUACGUGGUCGACUUUCUUAUUAUUUGGUUUUUCUUUCUUUCUUUUUCUUGGGGGCUGUUUGCUUUCGAAACUAGACCAUGUGUGACAAUGAAGAAGACGCCAGCACUGUUUUGAUGUUGACAGCUGGAGGACAAGAAAGCCUGUUGAACGACGACGACGAACAAACGACCGACAAUCAACAGCAACGGUUCUCGCACAAUGGGCCGGCAAACUCCACGCCGAAUUCGAAUGUAUUUCUAUUCUGUUCGGCCUCUAUGGCAGCCUUGGGUGGCCUGCUGUUUGGCUACGACAUUGGAAUCAUUUCAACUGCCCUGCCUCAAAUCAAAGCAGGGUUCUCGCUGACUUGCUUUCAGCAGGAAAUGGUGGUCAGCCUCAUGUUGGUCGGAGCCCUAGUUGCAUCACUGGUUGGAGGUUCCUUCAUUGAUAAAAUUGGCAGCAGAAUGUCCAUCAUCCUAAACGCUGUAGUAUUUAUAGCAGGUGCAAUUUUACUUGCACUUUCUCCCAGCUAUGGCUGGCUGCUGGUGGGAAGAUUUAUUGUGGGCUUCGCUGUGGCCUUGUCAGCAGUCAGUGAGUGCAUCUACAUAUCAGAAAUAUCCACUCCGCACAACCGAGGUAUGCUGGUAUCGCUGAAUGAACUUGCCAUCACCGUCGGAUUCCUAGUGGCGUACAUAGUCGGCCUGGUAUUCAUCAACAGGCCGGAUGGCUGGAGGUUCAUGUUUGGCCUGAGCGCCGUGCCAGCGGCCGGCCAAUUAUUUGGCAUGAUACAAUUGCCCAACAGUCCGCAUUUUUUGGUGUUGAAGCAUCGCGAUCAAGAGGCCGAGGCUGCCGUUAAGAAUUUGCGUCAAUUGAAGAAUCCCGACCAAGUCCGACAAGAGCUGACCCACAUCCGUUUAUCGCUGGAGGCCGGUCGUUCGCAGAGUUGCUGGUCCUUGUGUUCCAGCGCCGAUGGCUUGCGCGCUUCCAUGAUAAUCGCCUUUGGAUUGGUAAUGGGACAGCAAUUGACCGGCCAGCCGAACGUUCUCAACUACGCUUCAACCAUUUUCCAACAAGUUGGUUUUUGCGGUCGUGAUCCGGUCAGUGUCGGUGCUACGUUCCCAACCGUCGGCCUUGGAAUCGUCAAGUUGGCGGCCACGGUGGUUUCAUUAUUGUUGGUCGAUCGCAUGGGCAGGAGGAAAACCUUGCUACUGGGCGCACUCAUCAUGGCGGCCAGCCUGAUUUGUCUCAGUGUCUUCGCCUUUGUCCAGCAGCAAGGUAGCGACACGAUGAGACCCACCUGCACGGACGACCAGCCUUCGAAUUAUUCAUCGAACGUCACAUCCCCACUGACCGACGAUUGCGGUUCAUCGUCCCACGUCAAUCCGGCACUGCGCUACAUGGCCUUAGCUGCGUUAAUGGCCUACGUGGCGGCCUACUCGUUCAGCUUCGGACCCGUCACUUGGCUCCUGUUGAGCGAGAUAUUCCCGGCCGCCAUCAAGGGUCGAGCCAUGGCCGUUUCGACUUCAGUCAACUGGGCCGUCAAUCUAGUCAUUUCGGCCACUUUCCUCCGCACCGUCCAGCUCCUGUCACUGGGCGGCGUGUUUGUCGGCUACGCCGUUCUCACAUUCUUGUCGAUUGUGUUCAUUUUCCUGGCCGUUCCCGAGACGAGAAACAAGACGCUUCAUCGAAUCACCAAGGAACUGCAGACGACCACCUUCACCGGCCGCAUGGUCCAGCACGCACGGCAAUUUCCCUGCUUCAAUAACUCCGCCUGGCUGCUGAAACUCGGCGGCAAUUACUCCCAGCUGGCCAAUAAUAGUCAAGAAGUCGUUAUGGAGACUCUCAUCUCAUGAAAAUUGGCCCAUUCCCCACAUCGCUCGCUAACUGUGAUUUUGGGUUUUCCCAUCCAAUAACAAAUCAAAUAAGGUAAAUUACGUAAUUUUUUAAAAGAUGGCGCUUCAUCGUGGAAACUUUUGCUCACUCCACGGGACCGUAUCCAAGAUCUGUUUCAAGAUAAUUUUUCGUUCCAACUACUUCUUUUUCUUCUUCUUUUCUUUCAUUCUCUUGUCAUUAUUCUCCGCCAAGAUUCAUUUCCGCCGCUUAAAUGCCGUGGAGCUGUGGAAUUUCGUACAGGGGGGGCAAGCCAACUAUUUCGUGUGCGUGGUUUCGUGCCUCUCGUUCACAAAUAGCCACCAAUGUCCUUUCUAUUUCUUUUCUUUUUUUUACAAAUUUCUUUUUUUAAAUUUUUGUAUUUUUAUUUUCCGAUUUAGCCAUGUUGUGUGCUGCUAUCUAGUGGCGAUUCUGUCUACUCUGUGAAUGUGACGUCACAUUUUGUAAUAGGUCGAGGUGAUUGCGAUCAUUGUACCGCAAAAAAAAAGAAAAGAAAAGAAAUGUUUUGUUUUAUA